UCAUUAAAAAGAAAUAAAGAAAGAAAAGAGAGUUAAAAAAAAAAAAAAAAAUAGAAAUUAGAAGUGGUGUCCUGCAAGAUUCAGGAAGACCUUCGAACUAACUCUGUGUGUGUCACAUUACUCGACGCAAUCCGGUGUUCGCAUUUGAGGGACUGGUAUUAUUGAUUGACCUCGUAGGCCCAAGAGAAGGGUAGUUCCAAAGUGAGGAGGAGAAGGAAGAAGAAAGGGGUGGAAGGAAAGAAAAGGAUCAGAUAAAUAUACAAAAAAAAAAAACAAAUUAAACUAAACUAAACAAAAGUACGGAAUAUUCUUGAUUAGUUUAUAAAUUUACAUCAACUUGAAAAAAAGCCCCUUUUUGUUUCAAGUGACUCAUCGAAGAAUCUUAUUCAUUUAAAUAAUAAUAAUAAUUAUUAUUAUUAUUAUUAUUAUUAUCGUUUGACGUAUUAUUUUUACUGUUGACAAUUGAUUUUUGACUGGAUUUUCUUCUUUAAAAAUGGCGUAUCAUAAUUGUGAAGAAGAAAGAGGAAAAAGUAGAAAAAUCAUGGCGGGAAAAAUAAUUAGUAUAAAAAGUUUAAUAAUACUAAUAGCUGUUAUUGCCAUGUUGAUGGUGUACGAGAAAACUGAUGCAGCACCAACCGCCAAUAUUUCGGAUCUUUCUGCUAUGAGAUACCUAUCACAGUAUGGAUAUUUACCAUCCGUCAAUCCUGAAAAUGGUGGAAUUAUUUCGGAGGAAUCGAUGUCACAAGCUAUCUCAGAAUUUCAAGCACUUGCUGGAAUUAACAUAACUGGUUCCAUGAAUGAAGAAACGUCCUAUUACAUGUCCUUAUCAAGAUGUGGUGUUAAGGAUAAAGUAGGACCAAGUUACGAUGGAAGAUCGAAAAGAUAUGCACUUCAAGGAUCAAGAUGGCGAGUUAAAAAAUUGUCGUACAGGAUAAGCAAAUAUCCUGCUGGUUUGGUUAGAUCGGAAGUGGAUAAAGAAGUUGCUAAAGCUUUUGGUAUUUGGUCUCAAUACACCGAUUUAACGUUCACAGUUAAACAUACAGGCUCGGUUCACAUCGACAUCAGAUUCGAAAUUGGUGAACACGGAGACGGUGAUCCUUUUGAUGGUCGUGGUGGUACUUUGGCUCAUGCUUAUUUCCCAGUGUAUGGUGGUGAUGCCCAUUUCGAUGACGCUGAACAGUGGACGAUAAACAGUUAUCGUGGUACAAAUCUUUUCCAAGUGGCGGCUCAUGAAUUCGGACAUUCACUUGGAUUAAGUCACAGUGAUGUUAAAGCUGCCCUCAUGGCACCAUUUUAUCGUGGAUACGAACCUAAUUUCAAUUUGCAUUCUGAUGACAUUGAGGGUAUUCAAGCUCUGUAUGGAAGAAAAUCAGGUUGGGGACACGGGCCAACGAAUGUUCAUCCAACAUCGAUACCACCAACCGGUGAAGAAGAUCCAGAACUUUGUAUGGAUCCUAAAAUCGAUACGAUAUUUAAUUCAGCAGAAGGACACAUUUACGUUUUCAAAGGAGAACAUUAUUGGAGAUUAACAGACGAUGGUAUAGCAAGUGGCUAUCCUAAACGAAUUAGUAAUUCUUGGAAGGGUCUUCCGGGUAAUAUCGACGCCGCAUUUACAUUCAAGAACGGUAAAACUUAUUUCUUCAAGGGAUCAAAAUAUUGGAGGUAUAUUGGAAAACACAUGGACGGACAAUAUCCCAAAGAAAUAAGCGAAGGAUUCACAGGAAUCCCUGAUAAUAUCGAUGCAGUUACAGUAUGGACUGGAAAUGGAAAGAUUUAUUUCUACAAAGGAACGAAAUUCUGGCGAUUCGAUCAAGUACAAAAGCCACCAGUUAAGAGUACUUAUCCAAAACCUAUUAAAAAUUGGGAAGGUCUUCCGGAUAAUUUGGAUGGUGCUGUUAUUCAUCAAGGAUACACGUAUUUCUUCAAGGACAAGGGAUAUUACAGAUUCAACGAUCGAACUUUUUCAGUUGACAUUGCCGAGCCAGCUUUUCCAAGGGCGACAGCUUAUUGGUGGUUCGGAUGCAAAUCAGCCAGUAAAGGGACGUUAGGUAAUAUCCGAUGGCAGGGUGAAAGUCCUGGAGAAUCAUCCCUCUUUUCCGGCAUGCUGGAUGCGGACAAUCAUGACUCGUACGACGACAAUAAUGAUGAUGAUGAUAAUAAACAUGACGACGACGUUAGCGACAUCAUUUUAGAUGCAGGAGGAAUAGACGAGCAAUUCGCGACGCCAUCCAAUCAAGAUCGUAUGGAUUCUGGAUCGCAUAGUAUUGCCAGCGGAUCGGUUCUCAUUAGUAUUGUGACGGUGAUCAUAGCGAGGUUCGUCGUUGCAACAUAAAGUAAAUUACUUCGAAAUACGAAGAUUAUGUUUUCAACUGCGUAAAGGAAGAAGGAAAUCUAGAAAAUGACAUGGAUUCUUUAGAAAUGGAUAGAAGAAUUAUUGUCAAGAAUAUAAAUCGAAGAAACACGUAGUAAUACCAAUCAUCGUCGUGUUGAAAAAAAAGAAGAAGAAGAAGAUAUUAGAAGAAUGUGUGUUGGUUAUCCAGGUUUCAUAACUCGAAACGAAAUGAACGUUCCCGCGCACACGCAUUUUCAAAUGCGUUCCUUAUUAUUAUUAUUCUUUAUUAUGGAUUCUCAUCAUUGACCUACGACUGGCUAUCGUUAAAUAGUGAAAGUGAUUAACUUUAAUAUGCGUGUAAGGGGGAGGUGGCGGGCGCGCGCUUCUCUAUUAUUGAACGAUAUACGUAAAAAAAGAAAGAAAGAAAAAAAUAGAGAAGAGUUAAACGCAAACUGCCAAUAAAAAACGUGUGGUAAAUCGUCUUGAAUAGAAAUUCUUUAUUUUAGCUAAUUAGUUCACAUAUCGUACAAUGACGUAAAUAAGUAUGUAAGUAUUUUUAGUUGUAUGACUUUUGAUCAAAAUAAUCCGAAAAAUUAUAGACUAUUAUUUAUAUAUGUGGUAGUAUUAUAUUCUUUAUUAUUGACAAUAUUAUGAGACAUUUUAUUCGUUGUGCGCAUGCAAAAUAAUUUAAUAUAAAAGGGUGCUAAUUCAUGUGAUAUUAAAAUACGAUAUUUUGAAGUUAAAAUCAUUGAGAAAUUUAUUGAUUUAUUGCCAAUUUAAAUUGUUUAUUUUGUUCUAUUAUUAAAAUAUAUUAUAGGUCUUUUUUUUUAUUUAUAAAAAUAGGUAAAUUGUAUUACAUCUUGCGCAGACCCUCUUGCGCAGACCCUCUUGCGCAAACCUUCCUGCGCAGACUGUCUUACGCAAAUUAGCUUGCGCAAAUCAGCUUGCGCAGAACAACAAACAUCUCAUUUCAUCGAUUAUAAUCUUUAAUUAGUAGGAACUGACAAUAUAAUAUUACUGCACAUAUAUAAAUAGGUAUGUAAAAAAUUGAGCGAUCAUUAAACAAAGUUUUUUAUGGAAAUAAUUUUCUAAUUAAAUUUCUUAAAAUUAGAUCAAUGAAAAUCAAAAGGAAAAUUAAAAUUAUAUUUUCUCAUUCAAUUGAUUAAGUUUUAGUAUGUUGUGUUAAUUAAUAAAUUGUUUAAAUUUUCGCUCAAUAUAUUAUUUCGGAUAUUUUCGGAACACACGUAAGCCUAUGUAUUAAAAAUUAAGUUUUGAAAAAAUGUUCAUACAUUAUCUCUCUCGAUCGAUUAUUACUGUAUUAAUCGUCUUCUAGGGUUUUAAACUCCAAUUUAAAAACUUUUCCAUAGCAAAUGUGAUUAUGCGAUGUGUAAUCCUUUUUUUUUUGUCUAGAUUUUAAGUAUUAGGAAAUGACAUGACCUUCGAAUUUAAUAAUUUAAAGAUCUUAAAAAAAAAAGAUUCAUUAUGAGUAUUUUUCCAAAGUACGCUUUCAUGUAUUUCCUGAAUGUAUAUCGCAUAGUAUAAUUUUAAUAGAUAAAGUUUAAUGUCUUACGAAGGAACUAAUCUAUUAAUAAUAUUAUAUAAAAUAUUAUAUUAAAUAUUAGAGAUAAAUUGGUUUGGAAGAAUUCUCAUAUUCAUAUCAAUAUUAUUAAAUUUAUCACCGUUCAAUGUUUUCGUGCUGGACCCUUAUUCACACACUGCCUAUCUAUUGAUUUGUACAUUACCUGCGGAAAGUCUUUCUAAUAUCGUUAGGCACAAUUUGUUUUGGGUCUAGUAUGUUGUAGCAUUUCGCACAAAUUCAAAAUAUAUUUCUAUAUUAAAAAGAAAAGAAAAUAUAUAUUUUAAAAAAGAAAUGAAAUGCAGCAAUAAAACAUUGCAACUCCCAGACAACUAUACUAUGAUUAAUAAAAAAUUGCUAUCAAAUUGUUUCUCAUAUAAGUCGACAAUACAAUAUUGUCUAAAGUAUUUGUUAUAGAAAAAUUAAGAUGUUACAUGAGUGUUCUAUAGUAUUUUAAAUUAUAUUAUUAAAAAAAAAAAGUUAUAUAUUAAUUGUUGGGCGAUAAUAAUGAUGGCAAAUGAUAUAAUGUUAUUUAACCAUUCAACUGUGUUGUGAAGAAGAAUGUUGCGUAGUUGCCUAUAGACGUCAUUCGCAGUCAAAGGAUUAAAAGAAUUAAAGAAGAAGAUUCAACAUGCAGAGUACGCAAAUCAUAAAGUUUACAAACAAACCAAUAAUAACUUUAUAUCCAACAAUAAAAAAAUGAAUGAAUUUAAAUCACAAAUAAUAUAUAUUCAUAUUAAAACAUUCGCUAUAGUACUCAUGUCUCACGACUAUUAAUUUACUAUUAUGUUUAAAAAGAAUUGUUAUUUUGCAAGUGCCUUAAAAAAUAUUUUUGUAACUUAUACAUUUGAUAUCUAUGACAUAAAAGAGAAAAAGAGAUGAAAGAAAAGAAAAGAAAAAAGAAAUCAUAUUUUUGUAAUGCAUACAUCUCAUAUCUUAAUAUUUGUCUACGCAUUUGCAAAGAGAUACGUGCUUUAUUUUUCCAUGUAAAUUAAUACUAUAAAUGAAAGGAAUUUAAUUUAUAAAAAUAUGACGUUCUUUUUCUUAUUCUGCAACGUUGUUUAUUUCCUCGUAAUAAAUGCUUCCAUAUUAUCGUCAAUACAUUAAACGCUAUAUUUUCAUCGAAUGGCAAAUUAUAUCUCAUUAUAAUAAAAAAAAAAUAAAUGUAUCUAUGUGCAA